UUUCAGUGAAGCUGAAAUAGUGUUCUAACAACAAAUCUAAUGAAUGAUUAACACAAAACUCUUUUUGUACUAACAAUGUGUUUUUUUUAGAUGUUCAGAUCAUGUAAAUCCACCAGCGGUUGCCUUGUCAUAAACACUCUCUGUGUAUAUCCGUUUUACAUUACAUGCCAAAAUCACAAAAGAAUAACACAAUUUUGCUUCAUCUGCCGAGGCAGUCUUGUUCACUUUAUGAGAAACAGGAUAGAGCAUCUUCAGUCUCCCGGUGCACCCACUCAGAACACCCACACACAUCUGAGCCACACAGCACACUGCACAAACUCAAACUGCACACACGCAUUCUCAAACAGGAAAAACACGAGCCGUGCUUCAUCACGCAGAUCCCGUUAAAGUCACUGAUUGUCGCUCGCACGUCGCCAGCUGCAGAGGUGGAACAGCCAGCGCCUUUGCUUGCGGCGGUUUUUCGUAAAGCCGGAGCGCAAACACUUCCUUCUCGGGCUGACUUUCCUCCUCUCAGCCGCAAAUCUCAUGAACAUCCUCUACGGGUUUUAUAUGGACCUGUUCUUUCUUUUCUCCUACUCAGUCCCAGAGGUGCCAUGGCCACGUUCUCCUGUCUCUUUAAUGACUGUGGGUGAACAAUCAAUAUCCUGCACACCUCCAAACAUAGCACAACACCCACUUCGUGCUGUAGAUUGAAUUCUGAAGGUGAUGGAAAAGACAGUUUUACAGGGAAAAAAAAGACAUGAGCUGGAAAAUCGUGUUAGGAUAUUAAUACAUCAUCAUGUGAGAGCCAGAUUUAAACACACUAAAGAGUCAUAUUUUCUUCCCUUUACCGCUUGCACUUAACUAAAGCUGACCCGGACCAUUUUAAAUCACGAGAAAGAUUUGCUUGGUUAGUUCAUUUUCUUCCUCAGACAGUCUGUCAGUGUGCAAAGAUUUCUGGUCUCCUGGGUGAUAAUUAGAGAAGAAUAAGCCAGGACAAACAGCAGGGGGCGUAAUUAUCCUCUUUCCAGUGGUUAUGACUGCCGUCGCCAUCUUAGGAGAGACCAUAUUUUCUGAGUAGGCUACACAAGUGGGCAGUGUGCAGAAAAUAUAAGCUUUAUUUCUACAUCUGCACGAAUAUCAGCUAAUAGGAGAUGUUGUUAAAUGCAGGAAUCCCAGAUUUCAAAAGAUAUGAGCAUCAUUUGUAUCAUGUAUGCACUGUGUUGCAUCUGCAUGUGUGAGGAUGACAUCAGUCUUAAUGGGGUCUAAACGUGACAAUAGCUUCUGUCAUGACACAUUCGGCCAAACUAACUGAGACACACAGACACGGUCUGUUUCUAGUCCCCUCUUCGCUCAGCUGACUGGAAAUUGUCCCCCUUGAUUUAGAGCCUGUUAGAAGAUGAGAGGAAAUGGGAGGUGUUUCGUUUAGAGAGGGCAGAGGUGGAGGGGAGAGGUUCGACUUUGAUGGCUCACUACACAGGAGUACCAGCCCUGUGAGAGUGGUAGCCAACAGCAGCUGUUCCCACAGUCCUGGAAAUUUUUAUUAUUUUUUUCCUAUCAACGCAGGCUUCCUCCUCUGCAUAAAACAUCCCUUUGUUGUCAAACAAAAUGCUCCAAAAAACUCCUGACAAAAGACUUUUAGAAAGUGGGAGAGAUGAUUUAUAAUGCAACUGACUCAUCAGUGCACACAAACAAAUAAAAAAAAAAGUGAAAACAGACUGAUCAAACAUACGGGGAUUUCACACAUGGCAGCGUGUCUGCUGUAAUAAGAAGUGACUGCCAAACUUACAAGAUAUUAGAGCUCCAUACAAACCGGCAGUCAGAGGAAGGAGCUAAAGCAUCAGAACUAUUGAAUUUUGACUUUUGUUGCAUUGUCACAGGUACUUUUUACCUCACGUGUAAGAUUCCUGUUUUGAUUUUCACAUGCAUUUGGAUUUAUGAAAAGUUUAGCACCACUUCAUAUGAUUUAGUUAUCUUCUCGCUAAGCUUUGCCUCCUGCUCCUGACUUUUUCUCAAAUGUCACUUUGCCACGGUAGUGCAGUUUCAACUCCACCUAGAGGACAAAGUAGGUACAAAACCCUCUCUAUGUUUGCUCUUCAUUUGUUGCUGCUAUUACCAUGAAGGUCUUGUACAUAGCAUCGUGCAUCUGGCACAGUAGUGUGUAAAAACCGGAAGCAAAAUAUCUAAAAGGCUCCAUGUGUUUGGUUUGGUGGCCAAGCAGCAAAUUGUGUGUUUACUGUGAGGCUCCAGUCCAGAGAGGAGUUUGAACAAUGUCCCAAAAGUAGGCCAAAGGGGGGGGGAAAUGAGUUGUUUUUCAAACUCAGACAUUUCCGAGCUUUAAGUAGGUUCCUUAGAGCUUCUGGCUGAAUUAAGUAGUCCUUUCUAGCGUGAUUUUCUUUGCAAAGUAGCUGAACUCGACAUUGAAUUGCUUUUUGUGUAGUUAAAGAGUAUGAAAACUUUUAGAAAAUAGCGGACAAUUUAAGCAGAUGAGCUACUAAAAGCAGAGAGUUUCUGUUAACUACUUUUUAAAAGGGAAGAGGGGAGCUCAUCUAAACUAUGUGUCAUGAACGCAGACACACACACAGAAACACACACAUACACACAGUUGGCUGUUGUUGGCAGUGAGUGGGGUGCUGUGUGGAGAGUGGGGCUCAGUGUGACCAGGCAGAGGCCAGUGUUGCAGGCAGGCAGGCAGUGGAGAGAGUGUUGAGCGGCAGAGACGUGCCCAGGGUGGAUAAACCAUGCUCACUAAGUGGAAGAAAGACUCUGCCCAGGACACAAGAUGAAGGUGGAGAGGAAACCCUCCUCUAGAGACGGCAGUUUCGCUGACAUUCCUCCUCUGCUGAAGCUCCUUGGCCUCCUCGUCUUUGUCCUUUCAGGUGUGGUGUCAGGAGUGAAUGUCACCAGCCAAACCCAGGUGGUGAGGGGAACGGUCGGCAAAGAAGCCCUUUUGUCAGUCAGCUACUCGAGCAGCAGCACAGACAAGCCUGUUGUUAAGUGGCAGCUAAAGAAGGACAAAGUGAAACCGAUCACUGUCGUGCAGUCCAUAGGGACGGACAUCAUUGGGAACCUGAGGCCCGAGUAUCGCAACCGCAUCCUGGUGUUUGAGAAUGGCUCGCUGCUGCUUCACAACCUGCAGCUGUCGGAUGAAGGGGUGUACGAAGUGGAAAUCUCCAUCACAGAUGACACCUUCACUGGAGAGCACUACAUUCAGCUCACAGUGGACGUUCCUAUAUCCAAGCCUUACAUCCAGAUGAUGGCCUCUUCUGUCCUGGAGUACAGCGAGCACUUCAACCUCCACUGUUCCCACGAUAAUGGCACAAAGCCCGUCUACAGUUGGCUGAAGGGAGGCAAAGUGCUGACGAAUGACUCGCGUCUGCUGCUUUCGCAUGACCAAAAGGUGCUGACCAUCUCACGGGUUCUGAUGUCAGACGAUGACAUUUACACCUGCACAGUGGAGAACCCCAUCAGCAACAUGAAGAGCAUUCCUGUCAGGCUCACUGUCUACAGACGGAGCUCGCUAUACAUCAUCCUGUCCACUGGGGGCAUAUUCCUCCUGAUCACCCUGGUGACAGUGUGUGCCUGCUGGAAACCUUCCAAAAAGAAGCACAGACCUGUCCCCCAAAGAGCUCCUGUGUAUGUGGAGCAAAGUGAAAAUGGCCAUGAUGUUGAUGUUGUACCCAAACCAUCUACACUUGGUCGAAGGAGUCCUAUGCCUCUUUACGUUCUCAAUGAAGAUGAGAGCCUGGAGCGACUGGAAGAAUGCUCUGGCAAUGCUAUGAGCCAAUCAGAAACGAGUCUCCCUGCUACCUACGCUUCAGUCCCGCUCCCUUCCUCCCAUAGAACUGAUCGACCAAUCUGGUCCACCCCACGCAGAUACCCUCGCAGCUCCUCUCCACUCGCACAACCACUUCCACAACCCCUUCCAGGUUCCUCCCUACGCCCUGUCCGCUCCCCUGCUCACUCCCCGGGCUCAUCUCCACGCAGUUUCAGUCCUGUGAGAAAGGUCCGUCCUCCUGUAGGCAUCCCAACUGGCCACCUGCCUGUGGAGGUGGAAUGUGCAGACACCAGCGAUCAGACUCACACCCCACCACAGCACUGACAGCUACUCAUGUUAUGUGAUGUACAUGUAUAGUUUGUUGGUUGUGUUCGGCCAUGAGAAUAAUGGAUCUGAUGCACUAGGGUAAGAGAUGAGUUCACUUUCAGCUAACUUUCUGUCUUCCAUUAUUUAUCAUCUAUUUCUCUGUGGCUAUGCACAGUGUUUCUGUGGUCCUUUGAAAAUAUAUCCUCUCACAGAAAAAGUUAUAUCCUAUCCACCAGCAUGUAGUAUAUAAUGUAUAUGAUGCUGAGACAUUAAAGAGUUUCUGGGUCUGAUAUAUAUUUUGCUCCUUGUUGAGUUAUUAUUGGGAAGUUUUAAGAUGUGCCUGUACAGUUUUUGUUUGUUAUUUUUCUUUAGACAGUUAAAACCACACUCUGUAUCCUUAUGCCACAUUAGGUCACUAUGUAACUAAGGUAAUAAAAAUUAUUUAAAUAA